CAUCAAACCUGCGCCAUCCGGCUUCUGAAUCAGACCCUCAAUAAAGACACGGUCGAGCUCAAUUAUGCCGCGAUCGGGACGGUGGUCCCUUUGAUCUUCUAUAAUAUGGUCGCCUUGGAUAUCGACUCGGCGGUUGCGCAUCAGAAAGGGCUAACCUUGAUGCUCUUUUCACUUCCGAUGGCGAGGCGGGAUGAGCUCGGACCACUGCUGGGGGUUAUCAAACUGGCAUUGCUCUCCUUCUCCUGUAUCUUCGACGUCCCGCCCGCCUGGGACUGUCUGACAUUCUCCGACGUCCGCCCGCAUUCCAUACUCCGGUCCGUGAUCGCCAGCCUGACCCAACACAGCAAUACUGGCCUAAUCUUCACUCCGACAACCGCCGAGAACAUCCUCGACAUCUACGCGGCCAUUUCUCAGUUGCAGGCAAUAGCAGACCACCCGACCCUGGAGGACGCCACCGCAGCAGAGAUCAACCAGAUGCGCCAUCUUCUCCAGACCCUUGAUCUUCUCCCCGCCCAAAGGGCACCACAGCCCACCACCGCACCAUCUCCCACCAGCACUGAGGACAAGCUCAACGUGUUUUGCAGCCUUGCCACAUCAAUCCUCUCGCGACUCCUGCGUGCGGACGCCCCGAUGGAUGAGGAAAGCACGCUCCAGGCAGAGCUCACUCAACUCACCCAACGAAUCACCGAGAUCGACGCGGCGUUCUGGAUCCGACGGGCGCCGGAAACGUUGACCUGGCUCAUCUUCACGGGGGCGGCCACCGCCCCUACUAGCCUGGACCGCGGGCGGUUGAUUCUGUACGGGGGGACGGUCCUCACCGCGGUGGACUCAGAGAAAUUGGUGCUCGUCAGGCAGGGAUGGGUCUAUUUUGGCCUGUUGAGGAAUAUUCGGCGAUUGCGUCAGAUUUAUGCGUAGGCGUUGGUCUUUCGGCCCGCGUCGUGGGUAUCGGCGGGG